CGGAAACCUGAAAGUAUCGUUGGUGAAAAUUGUUGCAGCCGAUGUUUGGUUGGUGGAUAUUGGACAUCUCACGUGACUAUGAUGUGGGAUUCCGUUGUUAUGCUACUCUCUCAAGUAAUCUUCUUUUUGUUUGGAUGGUUUUUCUUCAUGAAACAGUUAUUUCGCGAUUACGAAGUACAUAAAAGACUAGUACAGAUAUUAUUUUCUGUUACGUUUGCAUUAUCUUGCACUAUGUUCGAACUGAUUAUUUUUGAAAUUAUUGGCUUUCUAGAACCGAGUUCACGGUUUUUGCACUGGAAAUUAGGACUGUAUUCAGUACUUUUCGUAUUAAUUGUAGUUCUUCCAAUUUAUUUCUGUUUUUCGCUGUUCCGUUCAAUCACUUUCAUAAGAAGGAAGUGGAUCUUGCCUCUCACUGUAAUAUCAUGGAUAAUAUUCAUAUAUUUCUUUUGGAAAAUAGGUGAUCCAUUCCCAAUUUUGAGCGCCAGGCAUGGUAUAUUUACAAUUGAACAAGCAAUUUCACGUGUGGGUGUAAUCGGUGUAACAGUUAUGGCUAUGUUAUCGGGGUUUGGUGCCGUGAAUGCUCCUUACUGCUAUAUGACGAUUUUUAUGCGGCCUGUUGGGCAAAUACAAAUAGCGCAAAUGGAACGAAAACUUAUGCAUACUAUGGAAAUGAUUGUUGCAAAGAAAAGACGGUUAUGCGUUUUGGAGAAGGAAGUCGCAUUAAGCGCUUUUACGCAAGGAAGCGACGGCCAAGGAAGUUUUCUGCAGAAACUGUGGGGUUCGGUAUCAUUUUCUUCAAGUUCAUUGAAAGAUCAGAUAAGUUUGCUUAACUCAGAAAUAUUGCCUCUGGAAGAGCUCAGUCGCUACCUGUUUCUAGAAAUUGUUGAACUGCGAAAUAUGCGAGAGCGUGUGGAAUAUAGUAAAACUUGGCAAGGGCAAUAUUUCAAUGUAGUGGGACAUUUCUUUUCCAUUUACUGUAUGUGGAAAAUAUUUAUUUGUACGGUGAACAUUGUUUUCGAUCGAGUCGGUAAAGUGGAUCCAGUUACAAGAGGAAUUGAGAUUGCUGUCAAUUAUAUGGGUUUUCAACUUGAUAUUCGGUUCUGGUCACAACAUAUAUCAUUUCUGUUAGUGGGUGUUAUCGCCGUAACUUCAGUUCGAGGUCUUUUAAUAACAUUGACAAAAUUCUUCUACAUGAUUUCGAGCAGCAAGUCGUCAAAUUUGAUUGUUCUUAUUCUUGCUCAUAUUAUGGGCAUGUACUUUGUGUCAAGUGUACUUUUAAUGCGGAUGAACAUGCCUCAUCAAUAUAGGUCUAGCAUUACUGUCGUUUUGGGAGAUUUGCAGUUCAAUUUUUAUCAUCGGUGGUUCGAUGUCAUGUUCCUCGUUUCAGCCUUGAUCAGUAUUGCUUUUUUGUGGUUGGCUCAUAAACAAACACCAGUUUCAGCUGAUUUAUAA